AUGAUUUUGUAUUGAAGUCCGUAAGUUCAAGAACUAAAAGAAUCCAAAACGGCUGCUACAGAUGAAGUUGACAGCAAUGGCCCGACGUCAGCUGUAUCUACCAGAAUCCUUUAAGAUUGCCUAUGGAAAAGUUGGACAGUACCGAAGAUUCCAGCAACUCAAGAAGAAAAAUGGCUCAUUCAAAAGGAAGGGGAUUGAAAGAUGGCAUAGAGCUGUGUCUACCAACUUACUAAAACAAAAGGUAUUGGUCCCUAAAGAGGAAUCAUCCAGUGAGAGUGACAUGGAAUUUCACGAAAGCCAGCAAAAUCAGAAAAGAAAUUUGAUGACGAAAGUGAAGACUGCUUUUGGGAGGAUGCUGUCCUACAAGUAUAGAAGCAAGCCAGCAAGUGCCAGCAAAGACAGCUCCACGGACCAUGAGGAAGCCCUCCUGUCAAAUAUGCAGAGCCUUCUCCCUAGGAUUGCUAAGGAACUUCCAUCUCCCAAGUUAUUUACAACAAAAAUGAGAAAGUUCUCAGAGAAUGCGACUAUACAGCUUGAUGUAGAGGCAGAGACACAGGAGAUAACCCGGGGAAAUACACUCCUACGGGCCAGGAGAACCACCAAGCGGUUAUCUGUGACAUCUCUUCCUUCAGGACUGCAAAAGGGGCCAUAUUCAUCAAAAAAGAGACCACACUUUCCAGCACUUAAAAAAAAGAAGCAUCGCAUGGAAAACAUCCUCCGAAAAUCUGAUUUGACAGUAGGAAAGCUUCAAAUGCAGGUGGAUGACCUCAUAGAAACAGUGACUGAUAAAUCCAUGAAGCUAUUGGCCCAAAGACAUGCUGAGCUUCAACAGUGUGAGUUUCUAGGGGAUGAAAUUCUUCAGUCUUCUAAGCAGUUCCAGAGGAUAUCCAAGAGAACCAUGAGGAAGUAUAAAUUUAAAAAUAUGUCCACAAAAGGGCCCGGAGAUAGCUGAUGACCUGACUCCUUGAGGAACACAGGAAAAGGU